AUGGCGUCCUCCGGGCUGCUCCUUUUCCUCGGCUGCCUCGCGUCCGCCCUGCUCGCCGGCGCCACCAAAGUGCACCACCACGAGUUCAUCGUCCAAGAGACGCCGGUGAAGAGGCUGUGCGAGGAGCACAACAUCAUCACGGUGAACGGGCAGUUCCCGGGGCCGACGCUGGAGGUCCGGGAGGGGGACACGCUGGUCGUCAACGUCGUCAACCAGGCGCAGUACAACGUCACCAUCCACUGGCACGGCAUCCGGCAGUUCAGGACGGGGUGGGCGGACGGGCCCGAGUUCGUGACGCAGUGCCCCAUCAAGCCCGGCGGCAGCUACAAGUACCGCUUCACCAUCGAGGGCCAGGAGGGCACCCUGUGGUGGCACGCCCACAGCUCCUGGCUCCGGGCCACCGUCUACGGCGCGCUCAUCAUCCGGCCCCGGGAGGACAAGCCCUACCCCUUCGACAAGCCCGCCCGCGAGGUCCCCAUCCUCCUCGGCGAGUGGUGGAACGCCAACCCCGUCGAGGUCAUCCGCGAGGCGCAGAGGACCGGCGGCGCGCCCAACGUCUCCGACGCCUUCACCGUCAACGGCCAGCCCGGCGACCUCUACAACUGCUCCCGCCAAGACACCACGGCGAUCUCGGUGAAGCCCGGGGAGACGGCGCUGCUGCGGUUCAUCAACUCUGCGCUCAACCAUGAGCUCUUCGUCUCCAUCGCCAGCCACAAGAUGACGGUCGUCGGCGUCGACGCGUCCUACACCAAGCCGUUCGUCACCUCCGUGCUCAUGAUCGCGCCGGGCCAGACCACCGACGUGCUCGUCACCAUGGACCAGGCGCCCACGCGGUACUACAUCGCCGCGCGCGGCUACGUCACCACGCAGGGCGUGGCGUUCGACAACACCACCACCACCGCCAUCCUCGAGUACGACUGCGGCUGCACCACCGACUUCGGCCCCUCGAUCCCGCCGGCGUUCCCGACCCUCCCGGCCUUCAACGACACCGGCGCCGCCACGGCCUUCGCCGCGGGCAUCAAGAGCCCGCGAAAGGUCGAGAUACCCAGCCCCGUCGACGAGAACCUCUUCUUCACCGUCGGCCUCGGGCUGUUCAACUGCGAGCCGGGGCAGCUGUGCGCCGGGCCGAACAACAACACCCGCUUCACGGCCAGCAUGAACAACGUCUCGUUCGUCUUCCCCAAGGCCACCUCCCUCCUCCACGCGCACUACUACGACAUGCCGGGCGUGUACACCACCGACUUCCCGGCCAACCCGCCGGUGCAGUUCGACUACACGGCGCAGAACGUCAGCCAAAGCCUGUGGCAGCCGAUCCCGGCGACCAAGCUGUACAAGCUCAGGUUCGGCUCCGUGGUGCAGGUCGUCCUGCAGGACACCAGCAUCGUCACGCCGGAGAACCACCCCAUCCACCUCCACGGCUACGACUUCUACAUCCUCGCCGAGGGCUUCGGCAACUACGACACCGUGGCGGUGCCGGUGAACGGCUGGGCGGUCAUCCGGUUCCGCGCCGACAACCCGGGGGUGUGGCUCAUGCAUUGCCAUCUCGAUGUGCACAUCACCUGGGGCCUGGCAAUGGCGUUUCUGGUCGAGGACGGGUAUGGCGAGCUACAGUCACUGGAGGCGCCUCCAGUUGAUCUUCCAAUGUGCUAA